UGUGUUACUUCAAAUUUUGUGCACUGAAGGCCAACAUUCCAGGAUGGAUGAUGAGUUUCAAAAUCUGGAUGAACAUUCGUUGCUUCAAAAGCUCUACCAAAAGCUGAAGGGGAAUCGGUAUCUUGUUGUUUUUGAUGAUGUCUGGGACAUUAAGGUAUGGAAUAAGCUGAGAAUUUCAUUCCCGGAUGACAAGAAAGGAAGUAGAAUCAUCUUCACGAGUCGAUCUUCUAAUGUGGCUUCACAGGUUGAAUAUGGGGGGAAACCUCACUAUCUUCGCCCGCUCAGUGAGAACUAAAGUUUUGAAUUACUGCAGAAGAAGGUAUUUGGAAAAGAAAAUUGUCCUCGAGCAUUGUGCGGAAUCGCUAUGAAGAUUGCCAAGAAGUGCAGGGGAUUGCCACUUGCACUUGUUGUUGUAGCUGGAGUCCUAGCAACUAUAGAGCAUGAUAUUUCGGUUUGGCAAGAAUUUGCUGAAAGUUUAACUUCGACCAUGGUGUCUGGUACAGACCAGUGGAAGAAGUCAUUGGAGCUCAGUUAUGAGCAUUUACCAUGUCACUUGAAGGCAUGCUUGCUGUAUUUUGCUGCAUUUCGAGAAGACAAAAAUAUUGGUGCCAAGAAUUUGAUGCGUCUCUGGAUUGCAGAAGGGUUUGUGGAAAAAAUUGAAGGAAAGAGAUCAGAGGAUAUUGCAGAAGAAUAUCUGAUGGACCUAAUUCAUCGAAACUUAGUUAUGGUAAGUGAAAACGGAUCCAUUGGUAGAGUCAAAACUUGUUACAUUCAUGAUUUGGUAUUUGAAUUCUGUAAUGGUGAGGCGAAAGAAAAGAAAUUUCUUCAGGUACUGCGAGGAUAUGAUGAGCUUUCUACCUUUAAUGAGCCUCCCAACCCACCUCGGUUGUCCAUCUGCUCCAGUGGAGAAGAUUUUUGGAAGUCAAAGCUAUUUUGUCCACAUUUAGAUACUCUGCUACUCUUUGAUGCUACUCCAGGAUAUAAUAAGUUUGAGUUGCGUAACAUCUCCUUCCUUUUUUGCAUCUACAAACAACUUAAAGUUUUGAAUUUGGAGGGCAUUAACCUAAGGCUGAAGGAGCUUCCAACUGAAGUCGAAUCACUUCUUUGUUUGGGGUACUUAGCCCUUGCUGCUAGAAACAUGAAAUUCAUUCCACCAUCUGUGGCCAAGCUCUCACAUUUGGAAACCUUUUGUCUAAAUUCUGAUGCGACAGUUUCAUUGCCAGAUAGCAUCUGGAACAUGGAGAAGUUGAGGCAUGUACUUGUAAGGAGUGGCGGCGUUAUUCGUCUGUCUUCCAACGACAACGUUGUUGAAAACCUCUACACUUUACCCAAUUUAGACACACUCUCUACUCUGUAUCUUCAUCUUGAUAAAGAGGGAGAGAAUAUAUUGAGAAGGAUUCCCAACGUUCGCCGAUGUAAAAUUUUCGAUUGUGGGAAACAAAACAGAUUAUGCUGCAACAUGAGUCGACUAGAAUGCCUAGAGUCACUCACCUUAGGGGGCAAUUGCUUCUCAGGUUCGCGGGAACAUAUUGAGCUUUCUUUUCCCAAGAAUUUGAAGAAGUUGUGUCUUUCCAAUCUGGGUCUUUCUUGUAGAAAAAUGUCAUUGAUCGAACAACUACCCAACCUUGAAGUCCUCAAAUUAAGAAAGCACGCAAUGGACGGCCAAAGAUGGGAGCUGAUGGAAGGAGGAUUCCCUAAACUCAGGGUCUUGACGUUGUCCAUGUUAGACAUCGUGGAGUGGACAGAGGCAGACCCUGACAGUGAUGAUUACUUCCCGUGCCCUCAGCAAUUAAAACUCCAAGGAAUUCCUAAUUUGGAAAUGAUGCCUGAUUGUUUAAGGCUUUUAUCCACUCUUGAAACAAUUCAGGUGGAGCGUUGCGGAGAUGGUGUCGAAUCUUUAGUACGGGAAAUUGAAGAAGAACAGAAAUACAAUGGAAAUGAGAAUCUGAAGAUCAUUUAUGAAAAAUAUAUAAGGGCAUCAGCUGGUGCAAUAUCAAGGAGGGAAUGCUACAGUAUUUUUUCCUCGAGAGAUUAUAAUUUUUCAUCCGUGGGGUCUGUGGCUUUCUUUGACGCUUUUGUGGAAGAUGGAGGUAAAAGUUGAAAGGAUCGGAGGCUCUUUUCUUGUGGAGGAUGCUGUUCAGAUAAUUUGCUGUUGGCGCAUUUUGCGUAAUUUCGUUUUGCUGAAGUUAGUGAUGGUUGUGUGUUAUUUCUUUUCAAACAUAUGCGAAUUU